CCGAGGCUAUCACGUCUGGACCGCCGCCCCUCCGGCGAUUUGAUAGCAAGUCGGUUUUCUUUCUCCCGACCCAGAAUAACGCCAGUCGCUUCGCCCCGACAGGAAAUCAGGGCUUUCGGCCACUCAGCCGAUCAGCGGCGGCGGCGUUGACCCUCCCGGCCUCUGUCCAGCCAGUCAGGAGGCCGGCCGAGCCUGUGUCUAUUCUUUAAUUACAUGCUUAGCUAGAUUGAUCCCAUCGUGAUCUGUGCCCCUUCGCCAUUAUUGGGAAACUGCGUGGGUGACGCUUUAAAAUAGACGGUCUUUCCCCGAGCCGAUCUGCUUCUCUCCCUGUGAUCCUCUCUAGGUUCGAGCUGUCCAUCGAUCCCGUGCAAGUCUACCCUUUCCAGCUCUUGCUUGCGCAUCCUACCCAACCUUUUGACCGUCAUGGUGGCCCUGCCAGUGCUCAGUUUGGGGUUGUUGGCGUCGCAGGCCUGGGCAAUGCCCGCCGCAUCCCAGUCCUCCGCCACGGCGACGCUCCCCGGUAGUGCCUCGACGUCGACCGUGGAGGCCGCCUCCCAGCUGGACCAGCUGGCCGACUUCGCCUACAAUGUUACGACGGACAACGUUGGUGGAGGCGCAGAGAGUAAGCGUGGAGGGUGUUCGUUGCAGAACCUGCGCGUCCGACGUAACUGGAGGGCCUUCUCGACGGCGCAGAGGAAGGAGUACAUCAACUCCGUGCUGUGCUUGCAGAAUUUGCCGGCUCGCACGCCGUCUGAUGUGGCCCCCGGUGCCCGGACGCGAUACGAUGACUUCGUCGCGACGCACAUUAACCAAACCAUGGAAAUUCAUUACACGGGGACUUUCCUCGCGUGGCAUCGCUACUUUAUCUACGAAUUCGAGCAAGCCCUGCGCGACGAGUGCGGAUAUACCGGUGACUACCCCUACUGGGACUGGGGCGCCGACGUCAACGGCAUGGAGCAGUCGCCCGUCUUUGAUGGCAGCGAGACGUCCAUGUCGGGGAACGGGGCACCCAUCCCUAACCAGCCGGACGUGAAGCUGUAUCUGGGCGACAACCCGGCCAUCGACCUCCCCCCCGGCAGCGGCGGAGGGUGCAUCACCAGCGGUCCCUUCAAGGACUACCAGCUUCACCUGGGUCCGGCCGCUCUGUCGCUGCCCGGCGGAAACACCUCGGCCGUGGCAGACCCGCUCGCCUACAACCCGCGCUGCCUGAAGCGCUCGCUGACGACCGAGAUCCUGCAGCGCUACAACACCUACCCGAAGAUCGUGGACCUGAUCUUGGGUAACGACGCCGUCUGGGACUUCCAGAUGACGAUGCAGGGCAUUCCCGGGAGCGGCUCCAUUGGCGUGCACGGCGGAGGCCACUAUUCCAUGGGCGGCGAUCCCGGGCGUGACGUCUACGUGAGUCCCGGCGACGUCGCCUUCUGGCACCACCACGGCAUGAUCGAUCGUGUGUGGUGGAUCUGGCAGAAUCUGGACCUGCCGCGGCGUCGCGACGAUAUCUCCGGCACCGGCACCUUUAUGAACAAUCCUCCUUCGCCCAACACCACGCUGGACACCGUCAUCGACAUCGGCCAUGCCAACGGCGGGCCCAUCGCUAUGCGUGAUUUGAUGAGCACCACCGCAGGUCCAUUCUGCUACGUUUAUUUGUAAUAUGGUGUGGGGAUGCGUGUGCCUGCCGGGCGCCGACAUGGAGAAGCAAGAAUUCUCACAAGUGCCGUUGUAAAAUAGUACCAUGGGCUUCUUUAGAGAAUCAAUUACAUUUUGUCUUUGUAGCCCUGGAGGCGACAGCUUACCCGUUCUCUAGUCAAGGUUUGGAAUAAUUGUCUGUCAACCUUGGUUAAAGGAACUGAAUAACCGUGGUUCUCUGUCCGAAUCUCAAAAUUGAGGCUUCCUCACAUGGCCUCAUCGGAUUUGUCGAUUCUUUUCUAUUGCUUCUUUUGCUUUCAAGGAAGAUCCCCCCUGGUUUUGAAAAAUAUGCCGCCGGUUGAAGUGACAUAUCGUGCCCGAUUCAUCGAGAAGGCCCAUAAAGAUACAGAUACUGAUCGAUCAACAUUUAGGCGACACCCAACUUCAAAACUGUCGCGCUGCUCUCCGGCAACCGCUUGGUUCCAAUUGAAGGCUGUAUUUGGAGGGCCGACCUACCACCGAUCGAGGACACGCGGCACAAGGCCUGGAAAUGCUGCAGGUACGGCUCGUCGAUGACAGCAUUCCUCGUCAAUCGCUCCGCUGGAAUAAAACUGGUUCUGAGCAGGCAGGCAUUGUGGGAAUGAACAUGCUCGUUAAGAAGAAGAAUCAGUAGAAUAGAAGCAGGGACGGCCCUGGCUAGUAGUGUGGCCAGAGCAAGACUGGGGCAAGAUGUCAAGUGUUCCGUCGUUUGCACCUUUCAGGUAGGCAACACCCUGGAAUUAAUCAAUCAAUCGAUAACAUUAUUGACAUGGAGGAUAAAUUGAAGCCGAUGAAGCCAAUCCUGAUCGUACGGAUAACGAUGGCUGUCUAUGUCGAUGAAUCGAUUAGUUAUGUUGCAGCAACGGAUGAGUCAGCCCCAGUAACGUAACGUAUUUCAC